GAGUAGAUCUGCGGUCUUGCCAUGGGCCAUGCAAUACAAGCUUCGACGGUGGACCUGGAGGACUGUCCUCUUACUCGUCUGCUCCUUGACUGGCAAAGGUUUCUGCAGAGGAAGUCCUCUUCUGCCGUUCUUCGUUUCAUAGUUCAUCUACCGUCCACCAAGAUGGGCUUUUACAUGACGAUUGUGUCGUGGGUCGUCUGCGGCCCCAUCGAGGUGGCCGCAACUGUGGCGACGGGUGCGAGCCUCACCGAGGCAAUGGUUGGAAUUCAGUGGACGACGGGCACGUAUUCAGGUAUAAUGUGUGGAUACCGUAUGCUUCGAAGCCGCCUCCUGCUCUCAGCAGUUCUUGCUGACCUCGCCAAAUGCACACACUUUCUCGAGAAAAGCGGAGGUGCAGCUAUGAAGGACAAACUCCAGAGGACUGCGCGAAGAAAACAACGGCUAGGUUACUUUUAUCUCGUUUACGGUGUAUCCACCGUUUUCGGGGUCAUCGCAACAUUCGCUACUAUGCGACCGCACUGGGCGGAAGCCAUGGUGGGCAUAGUCACGCAGGGCUUCGCGACGAAGGCCUACUCCGGGCCGUGGCUGGACGAGGGCGCGGCGGAGCGCCGCGUCCGCCUCCAGAUGAUGCAGGCCUCCACGGUGCGCACCAUCCAGUUCCACGGCCGCGGGGUGGGAGUGUUCAACCGGCGCGCCUGCAACAACGCACUCCGGCUCUGGUUCCGCUUCCUGCAGGGCGUCCUCAACCUCAACGCCCGAAGUUGA